CCUACUGUAGAAGUGGCGGAUCAGAUGGGGUUUCUUGGACUGAAACUUCCGAAGGUGUAGAUGGCUAUUAGGAUCGGGGCUUAGCCCAAGAACAGAGGUCCAUAUAUGAUUUGGGGUGGUUCAAUAAACGAUAUUGUAACUUGGCCUAUUAACAUCUCCUACACCUAUAUAACACUACUAACCUAUCACUGCAUUCCAUUAGCAACAGUAAACACCCAGCACAUUCAAACCCAAAACAAUCAAUGUCUCGAACAUUCCAAAAGCACCCCUCGAACGCCGUUCCAAGAUCUCCAACAAAUCCAAAUCUGUGCCCCAGAGCCUCGAUGGCACGUGUUAUGUCAUAUGCACUCCGGACGAUCUGACAUUCUAAAACGACCCCCUAUCCCAUCCACAAGCCUGUGUAGAUCAAGUGUCCUCGCACAAUAAAUACACAACCAAAGAACAGGAGCACACGAACGUACAUAUCCAACAAGAUCCUACACGAUCCCGUCAACUGGCUACGUCCACCCAUAGAACUAUAGAAAGUGUUCCGGGCUGG